AUGAGUUUAAGCAAUUGGCUGAAAAUGUUGCAACAACUGAAAAGCGACGGCCAUCAAAUUAAUCUUUCAAAUUCAUUGAAGUAUCUGCAACUACUGUUGCUGACGUUGGCACUGCCUUUAUUAACGCACACAUAUCCUGCCGCCGAAGAAAAGUCCUCAGCUCUGGACGAUGUUGCAGUGGACACGGAUGAAGCAGCCAGUGCAAAAGAUUCACAGCUGCAAAAACGUUCAGGCGGUCUUGAUUAUGCGGUGCAUUUGAAAUCCAGUCUAUUGUCCAGCCUGGGUCAUGCUUCAGCCUCCAUAGCUUCCAGCAGUUCGGGUGGCAGUAGCGGCGGAGGGGGGCAUAGUUAUAAACCCCAUGGAGACCCUCAUCAUGUAAGUUCAUACGGCGGUCAUGCAGAGUUCGAUCCUUGGUCAUUGAAGAAAAGUGUGCUAAACACCAUAUUCCAGGCGGUUAAGGCAAUUACUGGUGGCGUAACAGCUCUUAAGGGUCAAUUGAUUAAGGGCAGUGGUUAUGCUCUUAGUGCCAGUGGCAAUUUGGUAGCGGCGUCCGGCGACAAAGUCACAGACGUGGGCAAAUACAUUAUUAAUUCGGCACAAUCUAAGCUGCAUCCCAUUCCCAGCGGUCAUGGUGGUGGCGGAGGUGGUCACGGAAGUCCUUUCAGUAAAUUUGCCUCUCUAUCUGGAGCUUCGUCGGGUGGCAGCAGUAGUAGCGGUGGCAAGCACUCAUCUGGCCAAGUUGUCCAUACGGAGAGUAUAACCUCAUACGUAAUUCCAAGUGGCCACACCAGUUAUGGUCCUCCAUCAAAGCCACCAACAUACAGCAGUGCCACACAUCAGUAUUUGCCACCGACCGGCAAUGCCUACCCAGGCGGUAACGGCGGCUAUGGUGGUGGCCAUGUUGCAUUCGAAGAGCCAUCCAGCAACUAUUUGGUAACAGCAUAUGGACCAGAUGCGACUUCACCCACGGGACAAGAGUUCAAUAUCUAUGGACGUCACCAGAAGCUCAACGACGAAGAAGCCCGCAAGGCUGCGGUUCAAUUGCAGGAAAUACUGAAUAUGCUGCCCAAUGGCAAGACACAAUACACAGCGUCUAAAACUGUGGCCUUGGACACAUCGAAUUUCAAUACGGGCCCUGGCCAUACUGGCCCCAGUGAUCAGGCUGAUUUGAACUCUUAUGGCUUACCCAACAAUUUAGGCCAAUUGGAGUCCCUCUCCCACACUGAGUCCAUAACAGCUGCCUAUGCUGCGGACAUCUAUCACCAGAUGCAAAAACAAAAGCUCAGUGCCGAAGAGCUGUAUAUUCAGAAACAUCCACAAGAGGGCUAUAACUAUCGUCCGUCGCAAAAUCAAAAUUCUGCUGCAGGAUACACACACAACGGUUACAGAGCCCCAUCAGGAUCAGGGUCAUCGCACGAUGCCUUAAGGGAUUUAACUCCCAUAUUGGCAGCUCUUGAAGUAGCCAAGCGUCAGGGGCCUUCACAAGCCACCGUCUCAUAUGCGGUGGAGAAGAGUGUGCACAAAGUACCACCGCCAAAUAAUCCUGCCUACAAGUACAUACCACCUGCAGUAAAGAAGACCAAGUAUACCUACUAUCCUCCCACACCUUCAAGGUAUACCGAGUUUCACACUUCCUAUAAUGGGCCUCACAAAGUCAGGCGUUAUGUUGAAACACAAAAGACACGAGCCAAGCGUAGAGCACAAUCCCCCCUAUUCAAAGCUCAUGACUAUGGAAACCAAGAUCAUCUACUCUAUAAUCCAAUAGUGGAAACAAUGUGAAUGCGCAUAAAAAUACCAAGA